UUCAUGCAACCUAUAUGACCAUUUUGAGUAGUGUGGCAGUGUCAAUGAUUCUUAAUUAUUUCUGCCACAAGUGGUCCUUCCAUCUUUGAUUUUAUCAUUUGCUAUUUACUUGCCUUUUUGCUCGAUCUUUAUUGCUUUAGUGGCCAAGUUUUCAAGUUUCAGCUUUUCAAGUUUAUCUUUGCUUAUAUAAACGGAAAAAGAAAAAGAAAAAACAGAUGGAUCAUGAGCAGCAAGACAAGCCAUCCUUUUUCGCUAUCAUCAAAGAAGGCUUCAACACCAAGUGCAUGAAAGUACCACCGAAGAUUGUUAUGGAUUUGGGUGAAGAGUUUUGGAAGAAAGCAUCAAUUAUUCUAGUAUGCUCUUCUGGUGAGAAGUGGGAAGUUAAAAUUUUGAAGAAAGCAAAUGACAUUUAUGUGCGAAACUUUGGUUGGCAAAAGUUUCUGAAAGACAACUCAGUGGGACUUGAAGAGUUCUUGGUCUUCACAUAUAUUGGAGAAAACCUAUUCAAUGUGGAAAUUUAUGGCAAGAAUGGCUUAGAGAAACCAUGCUUCAAGAAAAAGCAAGAAGUCGUUGCAGCCCCAAUUGUGGCCAAGAGAAAGAGGGGUAGACCAAGAAGAAAUCCUGCUGGUGUAGAGGAAGAAAAGGAAGAAGCUGCACCAACAAUUGUGGCUAAGACAAAGAUGGUACAAAGAAAAUAUCCCUCGAGAGUAUGUGUUAGAAAAGAAAAGGCAGAGACGUUAGCUACAAUUGUGACAAAGAAGGGUAUACCAAGAAAAAAUCCUGCUCCUCUUUCUGUUAUUUUAGUAGACUGAUAUAACAAAUAUAUGUUAUCUGUUAUAUAUAUGCUCAGAUUGAAAUAGAUACUGAAAUUAAUUAAGAGUAUGUUUAAGAACAAUCCAUGUAUCGGAGUUAGUUAUCAGGAUUUAUGUAGCUGUUAUGAUUGAUGAUGCUUUAGUGGUUGCAUGGUAUGUGAAUGAUACUGCAUUAGACAUCAAAGUAGAUGGUACCGGGUUUUCUAA